CUGUGCUAACUAGUGAUGACCAAGGGGGUGUGGAUGCGUAUCUACGGUGGGUGUUCAUUCUACUGUUUAUUCAUUUUCUGUGGACCCAUAUUCCUUUGCCUAUCCUUGAUUUGGAUACAACCGACAAUAGGACACUACCUGGUCGCAGCGUGUGCAUUUAGCCUCAAUUGCAAGAAAGGUGAGUUCUUGGUGAGCGAAAUAAGGGUCAUUUUGUGGCUGGGCCAUAGAAAUGACCAGGCUGUGACGGUUGGGUUCUCUCUCUGUCUGUGGACCAACCCUGGCAUGGCUACUGCUAGGAAGAGCUCCGCAGCAAAGGCGGGAGGAGUUGGUUUCUCAGAAGAGCCAGCUGCCGGCACGCCGUCCCAUGUCCACUUUGAUGAGAAGCUCCACGACUCUGUCGUCAUGGUGAUCCCUCAGCCUGACGGGAACUUUAUGGUCAAGGUUGGUUUCCUGAAGACCCAGCACAAGUAUGAGAUUGUCUUCACCCUCCCGGAGCUUCCAUCACUGGGGAAGGACGCGUCUCCAGCUCCGGUACCCAACCCCCAUAUCCGCAUCACUGAUAUCACUCCUGUACCAGAGGGUGGUCUGAGAGUGACAUGUGAGUACAUGGCCCACCAGGAGGGGGUGCUGUGUGAGGAGGUGAUGCUGGUCAGUGAGAGCCAGGAGGACGUCUGCGUGGGGGUCAAGGUGCACGCCCGCGUCAUGGACCGUCACCAUGGUACACCCAUGUUGUUGGAAGGAGUGCGUUGUGUGGGAGUGGAGCUGGAGUAUGACUCUGAACAGAGUGACUGGCAAGGAUUUGACUAAACCAGACAAUGUGACACACACACACACACAAAAGACCAUGCCACAUGUAUUCAAAUUCAACAUCCACUGUACUUCAAACGAUCCCUGACCAUUUCAAGAUGUUAUGGUCCUAAAGGAGGAUUAAAUUGGGAAAUGGAUAGAAGUUAUUUUAAGUAGUAGUCUGGGUUUUUAAUUUUACAUUCAGGCCGUACUUGGCCGCUAAAAGCUGAAUUGCAGCACACAACGCAUACAAGUAAACAAAUAAAAUCUUACCUUGCUUCAAAAGUAAAACAAACAAACAAGCAUCAAAACCUUUUAUUUUAUUUUUUGAAAGCAAGUCCAAUGUGAUCCAAUCACUAUUUCGCUUCCCUCAACUAUACUGAACACAAAUAUAAACGUAACAUUUAACCAUUUCAGUUACAGUUCUUAUAAGGAAAUCAAAUAAAUUCAUUAGGCCCUAAUCUAUGGAUUUCAUGACUAGAAAUACAGAUAUGUUGGUCACCGAUACCUUAAAUAAAAAAGAUAAUGAUCAUGUGGUUUAAUCAGCUUCUUGAUAUGCCACACCUGUAGGUGGAUGGAUUAUUUUGGCAAAGGAGAAAUGCUCACUAUGGAUGUAAACAAGUUUGUGCACAAAAUGUAAGAGGUGCUUUUUUUGCAUCUGGAAAAGUUCUGGGAUCUUUUAUUUUAGCUCAUGAACCAUGGGACCAGCACUUUAAAUGUUGCGUUUAUAUUUUUGUUCAGUAUAGUUAACAUAUCUGAAAUGCAUCUGUACGAAGUACUGUUGUUAGUACUGUGAUAACACGCUAUCCAACUGCCCAUGCCAUUCCACUGCCUGCCUGCCCCUAUGUUGUUUAGAAUGUGUUUUCUGAGUAAACCUUUAGGGGGCAACAGAGUUCACGUAAUCAAUCCAGACCAUUUCACCCAGCCUAAACAACUGUACCAAUAGGGGGCGACAAAAAACUAAAAUUAUCCCUCUCAUCUGAAUCCAAAGGUGUAUAGGGAUUGAAAUGAAAGAAUUAUACGCUAUUAUACGCUAUUAAUCAGUCGCAAGUGCCUACGUUGCUGUACAGCUUUUACCAUCAACAACUGCCUUCUGUCCCGUACUAUCCUAUCUAUCAAGUAUCUCCCCUUCAGGAGUUAAAAGAUUUUGGACUUUAGUGGAUCAACGAUAGCUCAGCCUUCCAAGAUCAUUUUUAUAUCUACAAAACAUUUCAAGUAUAUUUAUAAAAUAUUAAAGAUUGGCGCCAUCAGUACCAUUGGUAGUAAAUCCACACUCAAAUUAGAUUGCCAGUUUUUUGCUCUUUUAAUAUAUUUGAGGCAACAAGAAGAAAUAAAAGACAAACAUUUUGGUUGUUAGCCCACCAUGAAUCUGCCAACAACUAGUAACUCUUACCCUUUAUCUACCCCCAAAGCCCUCACCAUCCUCUCUGAGCACUCAUACUCUCAUUGCAACCUAAUAGUUUAGUAGUCACUGUUUACUGUCAAUAGCUUGUCAUUGUAAAUGUAUAUUCCGAUCCAAUAAGAAUGUCAAGUAUCUAGCAUAAAACAUAUCCUAAUUUCACAUAGCUAAACGGACAAAGCCCUGUUUUAAAUAUUAUUAUUUUUAUAUCAGACCAUCUUCAUGUGUUAACUGUGUUCGGCCUUAAUUGAGGAGAACCUGUAUAUCGUUUGUGUUUGUAUAAUAGGCUCUAAUGUCUUAGAGUUAUACCUUGUUGUUAUGGUGUCCAUACUAAAUCCAUGCUCCAGGGUAGGGGUCAAUUCCAUUUCAACUCAGAACAUUUGAAAUUCCAGUUCUUUUCAAUUAGGAAAAUGUGGAAUAGGAAUUCCGUUUACUUUCUGAGUUGACUGGAAUGGAAAUGUCCUGAACCCUGCCAUGCUUCAAAAGCUAGUGAGACCGAGUGUGGAUUCAGUUUGCAUACAAGGCGAUCUUGUCCUUUUGAAUAGAAACGAGGGGGCACUAUUGUUCAUGCAGUCACUUAUCAAAAUAAUAUCCUUAGCCCAUAUUGUGAUGGGCAUCAUAGCAGGUUUGGAGUCAAUUCCAUUUAAAUUCCAGUCAAAUCCAAAUUGUCUGAAUUGAAAUGUCAGUGUACUUUCUGAAUUGACUGAAAUUCAAAUGGAGUUGACCCCAGCUCUGGUUGUUGGGUAAUUGUACUGAGGGGUUACUGUACUAGGGGGGUGUGGCAUUUUGUCAGUCGAUAUACAAUACAUGUUCCUUCAUUGGUGUUUGCUACUAUGGUCUCUGUUCUUUUCUUAUGCCAUAAAACAAAGUUUAAGUGCUUAUCAAGAAACACUUCCAAAAGGACUGAUUUGAGGUAGAAAGAAGUUAGAGCACUCAACAACAAAAAAGCAGGGCUGUAUUUAUUUUAGCUCACUUUAAUCCAUUCUAUGCGAUGUGAACAGGUGGAUGUCAAGCUGACAAUAAAUCAAUGUCAGAUUUAAAAUAAAAUGAAAUUGUUUAGUGCUCCAACUUCAUUCGACUUUCAAUGAGUCCUUUUGGAAGUUGAAGCGCUUCUCGUGAAUGUUUGUUAUUGUUGUUGAGCACCUUUUGUCUGCUGAAGUGUGAACGCCCACCUGAACUAAUAAAGUUUGUGUUUAAUUGUG